UGAAAUAUCAUGAUGUUGUUAUAAAAAAACUGGACCCUCUUUAUAUGUGAGCUUUCAGCCAUCCUAUAUUUGUAACUUUUGGUUUCCAAGCUAUAACAGUUCUUCUCUUUGCAAUGUCCCUACACGUAGUGUUUAGUGCAUUCUCCUUGUAUCUUCUUCUAUUUGUUGUUAACUCGUCUAUGGAUCCCUACAAGGCACUCCACAUCAUCCUCAACCCAGACGGCACACUCACACGCUUAGAAAUACCCCCACAAAGCCCUCCCUCACCCGAUCCUACACUCUCCACACCCGUUCUCUCUAAAGACCUCACCAUCAACCAAUCAAACCACACCUGGGCUCGAAUCUACCUACCCCACAAAGCACUGGAUAAUCCUCCCCACUUCAAAUUACCCCUCAUUGUCUUUUACCAUGGUGGCGGCUUCCUCUUCUACAGCGCCGCCUCUACUUACUUCCACAAUUUCUGCGUCAACUUGGCCAACCAAACCCAAUCCGUCGUCGUUUCAGUCGACUACCGUCUCGCCCCGGAGCACCGUCUGCCGGCGGCCUAUGAAGACUCCGUAGAAGCCCUUCACUGGAUCAAAAGAUCCAAAGAUUUGUGGUUGACACGUCACGCUGAUUACUCCCGUUGUUAUCUCAUGGGGGAGAGUGCUGGGGGUAAUAUUGCCUACAACGCGGGUCUACGUGCAGCAGCGGAAGUUGAUAAGAUCAAACCGCUGAAGAUACAAGGGCUCGUAUUAAUUCAACCCUUUUUUGGUGGGACCAAGAGAACCCCAUCAGAGUUGAGGCAUGCCGACGAUUCGACUAUACCUCUGCCUAUUACUGAUCUGAUGUGGAAUCUGUCAUUGCCCAUUGGCGUUGACCGGGAUUACGAGUAUUCCAAUCCAACGGUGACGGCAGGGGCUAAGGUUUUGGAUCAAAUCAAGUUGCUUGGAUGGAGAUUUGCCGUGUUUGGCUGUGAUGGGGACCCACUAUUGGACCGUGGUAAGGAGUUGGUGAAACUGCUCGAGGACAAGGGUAUGCAUGUGGUGGGACAAUUUUAUGGUGGAGGUCGACAUGGGAUUUUUGUCGGUGACCCUUCCAUGUCCGAGAAAGUCUUUGAUUUAGUUAAAAGUUUUUAUUCAUGAGUUAUCUAGUCUAGAAAAUAAGUUGUUACAUUAUUUGGUUUAUGUUCUUGAUC